AUGGCCACACCUGAUGGCCCAGCGGAUUUUCGAUUGGAGUACAUCGGUGGUUUCGUGCAGAAGUCGCUGAAGCUGAAGCCAGAGAAAUGGGCCAGAUUACUGCUUACGGAAGAAUACAGAAAUGCUGUGUUUGAUUUCCUUGAUAAUCCUCUGCCCGCUGCGCUCUUCGUGGCUCUGGCACCGAACGCGCAAUUGGUCGCUUCAACCUCGUUUCCCAUACCGUGUCAGAGAACCAAAGGUAUUUACGCCGUGAAGAUAGAACAGGCGCCACUGAGCAAGGAAAAGGAGGCUUGUUCGUCGAUGCUGAUACUUGGCGAUCUGUCGUCUCGUGUUGUCGAUCAAUUAGCCACGUUGGUGGACAAUGUAUUUGCACCUUUGUUAAGCAAAGCGGAGAAUCACAGGGACCUGCCUGACGUCGCGAUCCAGGAUAUCUCUAGACACGUCCAUUCUCUUCGUGGCACUCUGUAUCAAGUGAAAGGUCAGGUGAACGGUAGAACGGUGCUCCCAAUGCCAGCUGGAAUGGAGAAGGUGACGGAAGUGGAGAAGCUGGUGCGAGCUGAAGGUCCCCAAGCCGUUGAUCUAUAUUUGAAAAGCGCUAUCGAGGGUGUGGUGAUAAAGUGGGCCUACUUGGUGAACGACGUUGUCACUCAGGAGUCCAGCGCUGCUUUCGAGAAUGGCCAAAAUCCCACUCCCGACGUCGAGCUCGACUAUUGGUCCACGAGACUAGCUAAUUUAAGGUACAUUUACGAUCAACUGCAAGAGGAUCGGGUGAAGAAAAUGGCGAGCAUUCUGGAGAAAACGGACAGUGCCUACUUCCCCUGUUUUCGCACCCUUUUCGAUAACGUGGUGUCGUCGAUGGCCGAGGCGAAAGAGAUAUCUCUUUAUCUGUCUCCGUUGGCCAAGUGCUUCAAAGCGGUCGAGGAGGUCGAUUUCUCCGAGGCUAAGCCGCUAAUGGCCACGCUGAUACACUCGGUCGGAUUAGCCUGGUCGAAAUCCACCCACUAUCAAAGUUCCUCCAAGGUGAUCAUCAUGUUUCGACAGAUUUGCAACCUGUUGAUACAGGAGGCUCGUCGAUUCCUCGACCCGACCUCCAUCUUCCAGAGCGACGUCGACGAGGCAUUGCAACGUGUGCAGAUAUCCCGAGAUGUUUUAGAAGAAUUCAAACGGCAGUUCGAACUUAGAAAAGACAUGCCGGCGAUGAAACCCGAUGCACCAUCGUGGACCUUCAAUUCCAGCGCGGUGUUUACCCGCUUGGAUGCAUUUUUGAAACGACUGGCCGACAUCGAGUGGUUGUUCAACACCGUGAUGGAAUUCUCGAAACUGGAGAAAAUCGAAAUCGGCGGUAUCCUCGGCGGAUCUCUCAGCACCAGGAUCAUCAACGUCUACAAGGAGUUUCAGCAGUUGUUCAUGUCAUUUGCCGUGCGGGCAAACGACGCCCUCGAGCCAGACGACGAAUCUUUCACCGCUGAUUGUAGAAAGUUCAACGAUUCGAUCACCGACCUCGACUGCAAAUUGGCGGCCAUCCUUUGCCAAGCUUUCGACGACUGUGGCAACCUUGAGAGUGUCUUCAAGUUGAUAAACAUCGCUGGAACGGUAUUGGAUAGACCACUGAUAAGCAAACAGUUCACAAAUCGUUACACCCGAAUCUUGGAUCUACUGAACGUCGAGCUGACCGUGAUCGAAGUUCUCUUCAAUCGUGGCACUAGGGGCGCUCUAAUUAAUCUUCCACCUUUAGCCGCGGCCUUGACAUUCAUCAGCAUGCUCAGGCAACGCGUCGAUCUUCCCGUGCAAUCUUUCAAGGCUAUUCAACAUCCAAUAGUGAACAGCGAGGAAGGCCGGAAUAUAGAGAAACGUUAUGAAAGGCUGAUCAAGAUCUUCGACGACAGGGAAACAGAUUUGUUCACGGAAUGGGCACAAACUGUACCUGACGCGGUCGAUAUUGGACUGAAUCGCAAUAUUCUUUAUCGCGAGAAGGAUUCCACGUUAUUGCUGAACUUUGAUCCCGAGCUUUUGUGUGUUUUGAAGGAGGUGAACUACUUGAAGCAAAUGUCGCGAUCAGACAUUCCCGAAGAGGCAAUAAAGGUGUCAGAAAACGUAGAAACGUUUCGCAAGUUUCGGAUGCAGUUAGGUGCUACCGUGUGCUCGUACAACAACAUCUGCAAGAUGACCAGACGGGUGGAGUUCCAGCUGAUCGAGAAGGAGAUAACCAGGAUCGAUUCGUUGGUGUCACGAGGAGAGACGGAAUUAUGCUGGAAGUCGGACGGCGUUCUCGAGUACAUGGUGGAGCUAGGCGAUCUCGUGGAAGGGCUGUGGAGGCGAAUCAAAUCGGCUCAGAUGAACGUGGGGAAGAUCAAAGCAGCGCUGGACGCCUGGACGAGGACGCCUCUCAUCGAAAGGAGGGACCGCCGUAAGGACGCUUUAUUGUCGUUCGACGAGCGUCCAGAAAAAGUGUCGAGACGUUACGGCGAGGUCGAGAGGGCUGCCGAGCAGAUUCAUUCGUUGUUGGAGGAGAACAAGCUGCUUUUUCAAGUUGGCGACGGGAUGGAGGAACCGUGGCAGAGAUACGUGGCCUAUGUCGAUGGGAUCGUGAUGGAGUCCCUUCGUAGGGCUGUAGGAUGUUCGUUAGGAUAUUUGGUGGAUAAUAUGGAGUCGAACGAAGAAACCGAGCCGCUGUUAGAAGCAAAGUUAGAGCUCAGAGAACCAGAUCUGUAUUACGUGCCCUCGCUGGAACCCGACGAUCCAGAUGGCCUGGAUCAAUUGAUCUUGGCGCUUCUGAACGACAUCAUAGGAUUGGCUGCUCUUGUACCAAGGUUAAAGAAGGAUUCUAUAGGCUACAGCGAAGAACUGGAGGAGGAUCCAGAUAUAAAAGGAAUGAAGAACGAAAUUAUGAGUAACGUUGUAACCGCGGUGGACGAAGCCACGGAAUUCUGCAGUAACUUUGAAGGAUACGCCUAUCUCUGGUUAGACGAUAGGGACAUGGUGAUGCAACAGUUUCUCGAGUAUAGCCGACAAUUGACGAUGGAGGAAAUGGAGAUGGUGGCCGUGCAGGAUCCCAAGGGGCCGACACGGUCACCGCCGAAAAUGGAGCAAUUCCGCGAGCAAAUCGACCUUUACGAGGGCCUCUAUCUCGAGAUCGAGGAAAUGGAACCGUCGAAAGUGUUUUGUGGCUGGUUCAGGGUAGACCUCAGACCCUUCAGACAGUCGGUGCUGAACACGGUCUGCAAAUGGUCGAGCAUGUUCAAGCGACAUCUGGUCGAUCGCGUUACCAGCAGCCUCUCGGAUUUGGGAUCGUUUAUAAGACGAGCGGACGAGGGUUUGCUUCAGCCGAUACAGCCAGGAGACUACGCUGGAUUGGUUAGCGUGAUGGGUUAUCUGUUACAAGUGAAAGAGAGGCAACCAACUACGGACGAAAUGUUCCAGCCGCUGGAGGAGACGAUCGAACUGCUAAAAUUUUAUGAUCAAGAUAUCCCAGAGGAGGUGAAUGUUCUUCUUCAAGCGUUGCCCGAACAAUGGUCUAAUACGAAGAAAUUGGCGCUUAUGGUUAAACAACAAGUGGCACCUUUGCAAGCUGGCGAAGUGUCCAGGAUACGAGGACGAAUCUCCGCGUUCGAUACGACGAUAACUCACUACCGCGAGGCCUUCCGGCGAUACAAUUUCUUCAAAUACGACUGUCAAAAUCCUUACGAGCUGCUAGACGAGGGCCACAAGGAGAUCCUGAUGUUGGAACGUCAGAUGAAAGACAUCCAAGAGUCUGCGUCAUUGUUCGAGGUUAUCGUGCCAGAGUUCAAAGUGUUGAAACAAUGUAGAAGAGAGUUGAAGAUGUUGAAGCAGCUUUGGGACUACGUGAAUAUCGUUAGAAGCUGUAUAGAAGGAUGGAAGACCACGCCGUGGAGAAAAAUUGACGUGGAGAACAUGGACAUCGAGUGCAAGAAGUUCGCCAAGGAGAUACGAGCUCUGGACAAGGAAAUGAGAUCGUGGGACACCUAUGUGUCACUGGAGGCCACCGUGAAGAACAUGUUAACAUCCUUGAGGGCUGUAGCUGAGCUUCAGAACCCAGCCAUAAGGGAAAGACACUGGAGGCAAUUGAUGAACAGUACCAAGGUACGAUUCGUCAUGGACGAGUCUACCACGUUGGCCGAUCUUCUGGAGCUGAAUCUUCACGAGUGCGAGGAGGAAGUGAAGAACAUCGUCGACAAAGCCGUGAAGGAAAUGUCUAUGGAAAAGUACAUGAGAGAGCUGAACGCCACCUGGUCGAAAAUGGAGUUCGAGAAAGAAAUUCACGCCAGAACUGGCGCUACGUUGAUAAGAGCCAGCGAGGAAUUGAUCGAAACCUUGGAAGAGAACCAGGUUCAGCUGCAAAAUCUCAUCACUUCGAAAUUCAUCGCCCAUUUCCUCGAAGAAGUGUCCAGCUGGCAACGAAAGCUGAGCAUCGCCGAUCAAGUGACCACGAUUUGGUUCGAGGUGCAACGAACCUGGAUGCACCUCGAGAGUAUCUUCACGUCCUCGGAAGAUAUAAGAAGACAAUUGCCAGUGGACGCCGAGAGGUUCGAUCGAAUUGACAAACAGUUCAAGGAAAUGACGGAGGAACUAGCGAAAACGCCGAACGUCGUGGAAGCGACGAACAAAGAAGGCCUUGUGUCCUCGCUCGAUACCCUCCAGAAGGAGUUGGUCCUCUGCGAGAAAGCCUUGGCUGAAUAUUUGGAGACGAAGCGUCUCGCGUUCCCGAGAUUCUACUUUGUUUCGUCCAGCGAUUUGUUGGAUAUUUUGUCGAAUGGAAAUCAACCGGAGGUCGUGGCCAAGCAUCUGACGAAACUGUUCGACUCUAUGGCCCGAUUGAAAUUCGAUGACGCGGCUGCUGCCUUGCCAAGACGCGUGUUGGGUAUGUUCGCGAAGGACGGCGAGUACGUGGAAUUCGUGAACUGCGAGAUGAGCUGCGAGGGUGCGGUGGAAGCAUGGCUGAAUCGUUUGCAGCAAGCGAUGAGAAUCACGAUGAGACACUACUUCAGCGAGGCUGUGGUGACGUACGAGGAGAAGCCACGGGAACAAUGGUUGUUCGACUAUCCGGCGCAGGUUUCCCUCUGCGGGACGCAAAUUUGGUGGACGACCGAGGUGAACAUCGCGUUCGCCAGGUUGGAGGAGGGCUACGACAAUUCGUUGAAAGAUUACCUGAAGAAACAAAUCUCUCAAUUGAGCAUACUGAUCACACUGCUGAUCGGGGAGUUGACGAAACAGGAGAGGCAAAAGGUGAUGACCAUCUGCACCAUUGAUGUACACUCUCGGGACGUGGUGGCGAAGUUGGUGCAGUCCAAGGUGGAGACGUCGCAGGCUUUCCAAUGGCAGAGUCAACUUCGUCAUCGUUGGGACGAGAAGGAGAAGGAUUGCUUUGCUAAUAUUUGCGACGCGCAGUUUAAAUACUCUCACGAAUACUUGGGAAAUACUCCCAGAUUGGUCAUAACGCCGUUAACAGACAGAUGUUACAUAACGCUGACCCAGUCUCUUCAUUUAAUAAUGGGCGGGGGACCAGCAGGCCCAGCCGGAACCGGAAAAACGGAGACUACCAAAGACCUGGGCAGAGCUCUUGGCAUAAUGGUGUACGUGUUCAACUGUUCCGAGCAAAUGGACUACAAAUCCUGCGGCAACAUCUACAAAGGAUUAGCCCAGACUGGCGCCUGGGGCUGUUUCGACGAGUUCAACCGGAUCACGGUCGAAGUACUCUCCGUAGUGGCUGUCCAAGUCAAAUCGAUCCAAGACGCCAUUCGGGACAAGAAGGAGAAGUUCAACUUCAUGGGGGAAAUAAUCGGCUUGACGCCAACGGUCGGCAUAUUCAUCACCAUGAAUCCAGGUUACGCAGGGCGAACCGAGUUGCCGGAGAAUUUGAAAGCCUUGUUUCGACCUUGUGCAAUGGUGGUCCCUGAUUUCGAGCUCAUCUGCGAGAUUAUGUUAGUCGCGGAGGGAUUCCAGGACGCUAGAAUCCUAGCGAGAAAGUUCAUCACUCUGUACACGCUGUGCAAGGAGCUUUUAUCGAAGCAGGACCAUUACGACUGGGGAUUACGCGCGAUAAAAUCGGUGCUAGUGGUCGCCGGAAGUCUAAAGAGAGGAGACCCGGGCAGACCGGAGGAGCAAGUACUCAUGAGAGCCCUCCGAGACUUUAACAUUCCGAAAGUGAUCUCUGACGAUCUGCCUGUGUUCAUGGGCCUGAUAGCCGACCUGUUCCCCGCGUUGGACGUCCCCAGGAAACGCGACGUUGAAUUCGAGAAGAUGGUGAAACAGGCGGCGGCCGACCUGAUGCUCCAGCCGGAGGACGGUUUCAUCCUCAAGGUCGUUCAAUUGGAGGAACUGCUGGAGGUUAGGCACUCGGUGUUCAUCGUGGGUGGCGCUGGAUCGGGCAAGACCCAGGUCUGGAAGUCGCUGUUCAGAACGUAUCAGAACAUGAAGAGGAAACCGGUGUACAACGAUUUGAAUCCGAAGGCGGUGACGAACGACGAGCUGUUCGGUAUAAUCAAUCCAGCGACCAGAGAGUGGAAAGACGGCCUGUUCUCGGUGAUCAUGAGGGAACAGGCUAAUCUAGGCGGCGAGAAUCCAAAGUGGAUAGUUUUGGACGGCGACAUCGAUCCCAUGUGGAUCGAGUCAUUGAACACCGUCAUGGACGAUAAUAAAGUACUGACGUUGGCCAGCAACGAGAGGAUAGCCCUGACGCCAGUGAUGAGGCUGCUGUUCGAAAUAUCCAAUUUGAGAACCGCAACGCCAGCCACCGUGUCCAGAGCCGGGAUCCUCUACAUAAAUCCGCAGGAUCUCGGCUGGAAUCCUUACGUCACGAGCUGGGUGGAGAAGAGAACGUCGCCGAUAGAGAAAUCCAACCUGGUCAUGCUGUUCGACAAGUACAUCCCUCCUUGCUUGGAGACACUGAGAACCAGAUUCAAAAAGAUAACGCCGAUCGCCGACAUGGCGCACGUGGAGAUGCUGUGCCAUCUUCUCCACUGUCUUCUGAAGCCGGAGCUGACCGCCAACGACUUUCUCAAAGAGCAUUACGAGCUUUACUUCGUAUUCGCCGGUGUAUGGGCUUUCGGCUCGUCGAUGUUCCAAGAUCAAAUGGUCGAUCAUCGCGUGGAGUUCAGCAAAUGGUGGAUAAACGAGUUCAAGCAGGUCAGAUUCCCCUCUCAGGGCACCGUGUUCGAUUAUUACAUCGACUCCGAGACGAAGAGCUUCGUCCCGUGGACGCAACGUCUGCCAAAGUUCGAACUGGACCCUGAGAUGCCUCUACAGGCUGUCCUGGUUUACACGGCCGAGUCCAUUCGAAUCAAAUACUUCCUGGACUUGUUAAUGAUUGAGAAACAUCCGGUGAUGCUGGUCGGAACAGCCGGCUGCGGGAAAACUGUCCUCGUCACGGAGAAACUUCUACAACUGUCUGAGAGUUACACGGUAUCCAACGUUCCUUUUAAUUUCUACACUUCCUCGGAGAUGUUGCAGAAGAUUCUCGAGAAAUCGCUGGAGAAGAAAGCCGGCAGAAAUUACGGGCCGCCCGGGAACAAAACUUUGGUGUAUUUUAUCGACGACAUGAACAUGCCGGAGGUGGACGCUUACGGGACUGUCCAACCGCAUACUUUGAUCCGCCAGCACUUGGAUUAUGGCCACUGGUACGACAGAACGAAGCUGACUCUGAAGGACAUUCACAAUUGCCAGUACGUUAGCUGCAUGAAUCCUACGGCUGGAUCGUUCACCAUUAAUCCCAGGCUACAGAGACACUUCUCGGUGUUUGCAGUCAGCUUUCCCAAUGUCGAUUCGUUGACCACUAUAUACUCGUCCAUCUUGAAACAGCACUUGUCCAACGUAGAACACAGGUUCCCUAGUUCUGUCAUCGAAAUGUGUAACAACAUUGUUCAAGCAUCGAUUCAGUUACAUCAUCGGUGUGCUCAAAUGUUCCUCCCAACAGCGGUGAAAUUCCAUUACAUCUUCAACCUUCGUGAUUUGUCGAACUGCUUCCAAGGAUUACUAUUCAGUGGGAACGAGUGUCUACAGUCUUCUAUGGACUUAAUAAGACUAUGGCUCCACGAAACGAAUCGCGUUUACGGAGACAAAUUGAUCGACGAAAAGGACAUCGAGAGCUUCUCUAAACUACAACUGGAUAUCUUGAAGAAGAACGUGGAAGAAAUAGACGAAGGCGCCAUUUUGGAGAAACCUAACAUCUACUGUCAUUUUGCAGGUGGAGUCGGAGAGCCAAAGUACAUGGCAGUGAAGGAUUGGUCGACGCUGCAUCGAUUACUAUCGGAAGCAAUGGUCAGCUACAACGAUCUGGUAGCGGCGAUGAAUCUGGUGUUGUUCGAGGACGCGAUGAUGCACGUGUGCCGGAUAAACAGGAUCCUGGAGUCGCCUCGGGGCAGCGCACUUCUCGUCGGCGUUGGUGGCUCUGGCAAACAAAGCUUAUCGCGAUUGGCCGCUUUCAUAAGCUCGCUGGAGGUGUUCCAAAUUCAGUUGAAGAAGGGUUAUGGAAUCGCCGAUCUCAAGCUGGAGCUCGCUGUUCUUUACAGCAAAUCGGGCUUGAAGAAUCUAGGCAUCGUGUUCCUGAUGACCGACGCCCAAGUGGCGAACGAACAGUUUCUCGUGCUGAUCAACGACAUGCUCGCUUCUGGCGAGGUUCCAGACCUCUUUGCCGAGGACGAAGUGGAGAACAUAAUAGCAGGAGUUCGUAACGAGGUGAAGGGCGCGGGCAUGCUGGAUACCCGGGAGAACUGUUGGAAGUUCUUCAUCGACCGGGUCCGCCGCCAGCUCCGGAUAGUUCUCUGCUUCUCGCCGGUCGGCUCCACUUUAAGGAUACGCUCGAGGAAAUUCCCGGCGAUAAUAAAUUGCACGGCGAUAAACUGGUUCCACGAAUGGCCGCAAGAAGCUUUGAUGUCUGUGUCGAAGAGGUUCCUGCAGGAGUUGGACGAACUUCCGGAAAGUUACAGGGAGUCCGCGGCGAAAUUUAUGGCCCACGCUCACACCAGCGUCAACGCGGCCAGCAGACAUUACUUGGCCAGCGAGCGCCGAUACAACUACACCACGCCGAAAUCAUUUCUCGAGCAGAUCAGCCUGUACACCAGGCUGUUGAGGACGAAGGCCAGCGAGCUUCGCGGCCGAGUAGCCAGGCUGGAGAACGGUUUGGAGAAGCUUCGCUCGACCGCGGUGCAGGUGGACAAACUGAAGGAGAAACUGGCGAUGCAGGAGGUGGAGCUGCAACAGAAGAACGACGCGGCCGAUGCUCUGAUCGCGAUCGUCGGCGUCGAGACGGAGAAAGUACAGAAGGAGAAGGCCAUAGCGGACGAGGAAGAGUCGAAGGUCGCUAUAAUAGCCGAAGAGGUAUCGAAAAAGCAGAAGGACUGCGAGGUGGAUUUGAUGAAGGCCGAGCCGGCCCUCUUGGCCGCCCAAGAGGCCCUGAAUACACUGAACAAGGCGAAUCUCACGGAAUUGAAGUCGUUCGGCUCGCCGCCGGGUGCUGUGACGAACGUAACUGCCGCCGUGAUGGUCCUCUUGGCUCCAGCUGGGAAAAUACCCAAGGACAGGAGCUGGAAAGCUGCCAAGAUUAUGAUGGCAAAGGUCGACACGUUCCUGGACUCUCUGAUCAACUACGACAAAGAGAACAUCCACCCGGAGGUGAUAAAGGCGAUACAACCGUAUCUGAAAGAUUCGGAAUUCGAGCCAGAAUUCGUGAGAUCGAAAUCAGCGGCGGCUGCGGGCCUCUGCGCCUGGGUGAUCAACAUCAUCAAGUUCUACGAGGUGUUUUGUGACGUGGAGCCAAAGAGGAAAGCGUUGGCGCAGGCGAAUGCGGAAUUGGCCGCCGCUCAGGAGAAACUGAGCGUGAUCAAACGCAAAGUUGCCUCGUUGGAGGAGCAAUUGGCCAAGUUGACGGCAGACUUCGAGCAAGCAACGUCCGAGAAGCUCAAGUGUCAACAAGAGGCGGACGCGACCAACGCCACAAUUGCUCUUGCUAACAGGCUCGUUGGCGGUUUGGCGUCGGAAAAUGUACGAUGGGCAGAUUCGGUAGCCAAUUUCAUGCAACAAGCGUCCACGUUACCCGGCGACGUUCUCCUAGUAACGGCGUUCAUAUCCUACGUGGGAUGUUUCACGAAACAGUUCCGCCAGGACCUGUUACACAAGCAAUGGCUACCAUUCUUGCGCGGCGUGGAACCUACGGUCCCAAUCACCGAUGGGCUAGAUCCAUUGUCGUUGUUAACAAACGACACACAGAUUGCCAAGUGGAACAACGAAGGACUACCAAACGACAGAAUGUCAACGGAGAACGCGACUAUUUUGACAACCUCCGACCGAUGGCCGUUGAUGAUCGAUCCUCAGCUCCAGGGAAUUAAAUGGAUCAAGCAGAAAUACGGGGAGGAACUUCGCGUGAUUAGGCUAGGGCAGAAGGGUUACUUGGACGUCAUCGAGCAAUGCCUAGCAACCGGGUCGACGGUGCUCGUCGAGAAUAUCGGUGAAACGGUGGACCCGGUGCUGGAUCCGCUGUUGGGCAGAAACUUGAUUAAGAAGGGCCGGGCGAUCAAGAUCGGCGACAAGGAGGUCGAAUACAAUUCGCUGUUCAGAUUAUUGUUGCACACGAAGCUGGCCAAUCCCCAUUACAAGCCCGAGAUGCAGGCUCAAACUACUCUGAUUAACUUCACGGUAACGAGGGACGGUUUGGAGGAUCAAUUACUCGCGGAGGUAGUGAAAGCCGAGCGGCCGGAUCUCGAGGAGCUGAAGGCCGAGCUCACCAGACAGCAGAACGAUUUUAAGAUCACGCUCAACAGUUUGGAAGACUCUCUCUUAUCGAGAUUGUCGUCAGCGGGCAGCAACGUUUUAGGUGACACGUCGCUGGUGGAGAAUCUGGAGACGACGAAGAGGACCGCGGCGGAAAUCGAGUCGAAGGUGACAGAAGCCCGUGGCACAAGUCGCGAAAUCGACGCGGCAAGAGAAUUGUAUCGACCAGCGGCAGCCAGAGCCUCGCUCCUCUACUUCAUCUUGAACGAUCUGAACACCAUCAAUCCAAUCUAUCAAUUUUCCCUGAAAGCUUUCAGCGUGGUGUUUCAAAAAGCCAUCUCGAAGGCCGAUCCCGCCCCGGACGUGUCCGGGAGAGUGAAGAAUCUGAUCGAGUGCAUCACCUACUCGGUGUUCAUGUACACGAGCAGGGGGCUGUUCGAAUGCGACAAACUGAUCUUCGCGUCGCAGAUGGCGUUUCAGAUAUUGCUCGCGCGGAACGAGGUGACUGCCGGGGAGUUGGAUUUCCUCUUAAGAUUCCCCAUCACGCCGCACGUUACUUCGCCUGUCGAUUUUCUUAGCAACACCAGCUGGGGUGGAAUUAGGAGUCUCGCCGGCAGAGAAGAAUUUCGAAAUUUAGAUAGAGACAUAGAGAGCUCGGCGAAGAGAUGGAAAAAGCUGGUGGAAUGCGAGUGCCCGGAGCGGGAGAAAUUCCCACAGGAAUGGAAGAACAAGACGACUAUUCAGCGUCUGUGCAUGCUCAGGGCGCUACGCCCCGACAGAAUGACCUAUGCAAUCGCAGCAUUUAUCGAGGAGAAGCUUGGCCCAAGGUACAUCGAGGGUAGAACCGUCGAAUUCGCCAAGUCUUUCGAGGAAACCAGCCCAUCCACACCGAUCUUCUUUAUCCUUUCUCCCGGUGUGAAUCCUCUGAAGGACGUGGAAGACCUGGGUCGUCGUUUGGGUUACACGUUGGAUAAUCAAAAUUUCCACAACGUGUCCCUCGGCCAGGGGCAAGAAUCUGUCGCUGAACAAGCUAUGGACGUGGCAGCGAAGAAUGGACAUUGGGUGGUUCUGCAGAACAUUCAUUUGGUGAAGAAAUGGUUGCCACUGUUGGAGAAGAAAUUGGAAAUAGCCGCCGACGGCUCGCACGAAAAUUACAGGGUGUUCAUGAGCGCGGAACCAGCUAGCACGCCAGCAGGUCACAUCAUUCCUCAGGGAAUCCUCGAGUCGUCUAUUAAGAUUACGAACGAACCACCCACGGGAAUGCAGGCAAAUCUGCACAAAGCGUUGGACAAUUUCACCCAGGAGACGUUGGAGAUGUGCAGCAAGGAGGCAGAGUUCAAGGCCAUCCUAUUUUCCCUUUGCUAUUUCCACGCGGUGGUCGCCGAGCGUCGGAAAUUCGGUCCACAGGGCUGGAAUAAAAUCUAUCCCUUCAACGUAGGCGAUCUUCACAUCAGCGUUAGCGUGUUAUACAAUUAUUUGGAGGCUACGUCCAAGGUGCCCUGGGAGGACUUGAGGUACCUUUUCGGGGAAAUUAUGUAUGGCGGGCAUAUAACUGACGACUGGGACAGAAGGCUUUGCGUCUCCUAUCUCGAGGAAUUAAUGCAACCUGAAUUGGUCGACGGUGAAUUGCAAUUAGCGCCAGGUUUCACAGCACCGCCAAAUACGGAUUUAGUCGGCUAUCACGCCUACAUUGACGAAGCAAUGCCUCCAGAAUCGCCUUAUUUAUACGGUUUGCACCCAAAUGCAGAAAUUGGUUUUCUAACCAUGACUGCAGAGAAUCUCUUCAAAACUGUGUUCGAAAUGCAACCAAGGGAUGCAGGUAGCUCUGGUGGGCAAACAGUGACAAGGGAGGAGAAGGUGAAGCAAAUUCUGGACGAAAUAAUGGAGAAGCUUCCGGAGGAGUUCAACAUGACGGAAAUAAUGGGCAAAGUGGAGGAGAGGACUCCGUACGUGAUCGUAGCGUUCCAAGAGUGCGAGCGAAUGAAUUAUUUGACCACCGAGAUAAAACGGUCUCUACGUGAACUGGAUUUAGGCCUGAAGGGAGAGCUAACGAUCACUUCAGACAUGGAGGACCUGGAGAACGCGUUGUUCCUCGACCAAGUGCCACCUGUUUGGGCCCAAAGAGCUUAUCCAUCACUCUUAGGGCUCGCCGCUUGGUUCGUCGACCUGCUACUGCGAAUCAGAGAAUUGGAAACGUGGUCCACUGACUUUGUCUUGCCACCGUCGGUCUGGUUGGCUGGAUUCUUUAAUCCUCAGUCGUUGCUCACGGCUAUCAUGCAGUCGACAGCUAGGAGGCAGGAGCUUCCGCUUGACAAAAUGUGCUUGCAGUGCGAUGUGACGAAGAAAAACAAGGAAGAGUUCACGUCAGCUCCGAGAGACGGUGCUUAUAUUCAUGGGAUAUUUAUGGAGGGAGCACGAUGGGACGUGCAAUCCGGCGUCAUAAUGGAUUCAAAAGUGAAAGAAUUAUUUCCAGCGAUGCCAGUGAUCAACGUGAGAGCGAUCACGCAGGAUAAACAGGAUCUGAGGAAUAUGUACGAGUGUCCCGUUUACAAAACGAGAACUCGAGGGCCAACCUACGUGUGGACUUUCAAUUUGAAGACGAAAGACAAGCCUGCAAAAUGGACGCUGGCAGGUGUAGCGUUGUUACUUCAAACUUGAAAUAACUGGUUGACUAAGAUAGUUGCGAUGAAAUGAAUAAAUAAUAAAUUGAACGAAGAAUCAA